AUGAUCAAAGCUCUACAAGUCCUCCGAAUACACUUACUAGAAUUAGAAAAAGUUCAAGAAUUAUGUCGAGAUUUGAGCCGAUAUAUUGCCUGCCUACGAGGCAAAAUGCAGUCAGAAAACUUGCUACGAGCCGAUUAUAAUGGCGGAAUGGGUCCUCUUGAGCAUAACAACAACGUUGGAAGUUCAAAUUCAAAUAGUCCUACACAAUUAAAUAAUAGUCCAUCACAGUCAUUGAAUGCACCUAGUCACACUUAUACGGAAGAGAACGCGUUUCAAUUAUGUGCUGCUUACAUGGAAAACUCUACCAGUCCAGCCUUACAAGCGUCAGGAUCUGAUAGCGCUGGCAUAGUUUUGGGGACUACACCUAUUGGCCAAAUUGGUGCUGGGCUUAUGCCACCAGGAGCAGACGCUUACUCAGGUCAACUGUCACCAAUGCCCAGUACAGAUGAUCAGGAGAGCGGUGGUGAGAGUGUGAGUGGAACAAGUGCCAGACGCCAAAAGCGAGGAGUUUUACCUAAGCAAGCCACUAGUGUAAUGAGAGCUUGGCUAUUCCAACACCUUGUUCAUCCUUAUCCAACGGAAGAUGAAAAGCGAAACAUAGCUGCUCAAACAAAUUUGACACUAUUACAAGUUAAUAAUUGGUUUAUCAAUGCGAGAAGAAGAAUUUUGCAACCUAUGCUUGAAGCUACUGAUGGUCAGUCACCAAGAGCUGAUUCAGCUCAGACUUCAUCAGUUUCUCAACACAAGAAGGCUGGUUCAGCAAAACGCUUUUGGCCUGAUAAUCUUAGUGGAAUGUUAGACCAGAGAAUAGAUCCUAGUGCUUUGAGUAGCAGUUCUGAUGAGGAGGACAGCCAGGAUAGUCUGGUUAUUGAUAGAUCUCAAAACAGUAUACCUACUGAAAAUAACCAUUGAAUUGUGGUAUGAUAAUUAUUAUUAACAUACUUGCUAGCGCCACAAAAUUUAAAAAUUCAUUUUAUAUUUAUUUCUGUUUGAGGAAUUUCAGUUUACCUUAUUAAACCAUGUGGGGCUAGCAAUAAUUUUUAUUAAAAUGCUAAGCUUUUUGUAUAAUAUUGUUAACUUCUAGUUAAUAAGAAUUGAAGUUUUUACUAUCUUAUA